AGGAUUAAAUUGCAGGGUCUUCACACCGGGACCCUUUUCUCUGCUCUGCCUUUUCCAGCAAGGACCAACUGCCAAAAGGACCACCGUCUCCUUCCUCUGUCCACCGUUUGCCCUCCUGACUCGCCAUGGACCCCAACGCCAUCAAGGAGGAGCUGCGCCUGUUCCAGAGCACGCUGCUCCAGGACGGCCUCAAGGAGCUGCUGAACGAGAACAAGUUCGUGGAUUGCACCCUGAAGGUGGGCGACCGCAGCUUCCCCUGCCAUCGGCUCAUCAUGGCCGCCUGCAGCCCCUACUUCAGGGAGAUCUUCUUCACCGAGGAUGGGAAGGAGGUGGAGAACACCAAGGAGGUGGUCCUGGACGACGUCAACCCUUCCGUCCUGGACAUGAUCAUCCAGUACCUCUACUCAGCUGAGAUCGACCUCACCGAUGACAACGUUCAGGACAUCAUCGCUGUGGCCAACAGAUUCCAGAUUCCUUCUGUCUUCACGGUGUGCGUCAACUACCUCCAGAAGAAGCUGUCCAUGGGGAACUGCUUGGCCAUCUUCAGGAUGGGUCUGGUCAUCAGCUGUCCCAGGCUCGCCGUGGCUGCACGCAACUACAUCGCAGACCGCUUCGAGUUCCUCUACAAGGAAGAGGAGUUCCUCCAGCUGGCAGCCCACGAGCUCUUCGCCAUCAUCGGUGGAGACUCACUGAACGUGGAGAAGGAGGAGCUGGUGUUCGAGGCGGUCAUGUCCUGGGUCCGCCACGACAAGGAGCGCAUCAAGGUCCUGAAGGACGCCUUCAACUGCAUCCGCUUCCGCCUGCUACCUGAGAAGUACUUCAAGGACAGAGUGGAGACCGACGAGAUCAUCAAGGCCGACCCGGAGCUUCAGAAGACCAUCCAGGUCGUCAGGGACGCCUUCAAGGGGAAGCUUCCAGAGAAAUCCAAGAAGGAAGGGGAGGAGGGGGCCGGCAAGGAAGGAGGCGAGGACGAGGACAGCCCCUUCCCCGGCUUCCUCAACGACAACCGCAGGCAUGGCAUGUACGCCCGCGAGUUCAUCGUGAUGAUCAACGACACGGCGGCGGUGGCGUACGAUGUCGGCGAGAACGAGUGCUUCCUGGCGGCCAUGUCGGAGCAGGUUCCACGCAACCACGUCAGCCUGACAUCGCAGAAGAACCAGCUGUACAUCAUCGGAGGACUGUUUGUGGACGAAGACAACAAGGACGUGCCUCUGCAGUGCUACUUCUACUUGCUGGAUCCGCUCACAUCUGACUGGGUGGCCCUGCCGCCCAUGCCCUCUCCAAGAUGCCUCUUCAACAUCGGAGAGAGCGACAAUCUGCUGUUCGCCGUGGCUGGAAAAGACCUCCAGACCAACGAGUCUCUGGACACUGUGAUGUGCUACGACGUCGAGAAGAUGAAGUGGAUCGAGACCAAAAAGCUUCCUCUGAAGAUCCAUGGCCACGCCGUCGUCUCCCACAAAGGAAUGGUCUACUGCAUCGGAGGAAAGACGGACGACAACAAAGCCCUCAACAAGAUGUUCGCCUACAACCACAAGCAGUCGGAGUGGAGGGAGCUGGCGGCCAUGAAGACGCCCAGAGCCAUGUUCGGAGCCGUCGUCCACAACGGCAAGAUCCUGGUGGCUGGAGGAGUGAACGAGGAAGGCCUGACUGCCACAUGUGAAGCCUACGACUUCACCACAAACAAGUGGGAUUCCUUCACAGAGUUCCCUCAGGAGAGGAGCUCCGUCAACCUGCUGAGCACCGGCGGCUGUUUGUACGCCGUGGGCGGCUUCGCCAUGGUUCAGAUGGAGAACAAGGAGGUGGCUCCCACAGAGGUCACCGACGUCUGGCAGUACGAGGACGAUAAGAAGCAGUGGAGCGGCAUGCUGAGGGAGAUGCGUUACGCUGCCGGUUCCUCCUGUGUGUCCAUGCGCCUCAACGCCGCCAGGAUGCCCAAACUGUAGAUACAAACUCUUUCUUUCUUUCUUUCUUUCUUUCAUCAGUCAACCCUUCCCAACAUCCUCUGCAUUUGGAUUUCUGUGCGUUGAGUUGAUCUUUGACAUUAGUUUUUCUCUGAUGAUUCUUAUCUGUACAAUAAACACUCGCUGCUGCUUCAAAGACUGCACGAUCCCCACUGUAUUGAAAAAAAACAAGUCACAGUUUUGACUGAUCUCUAAAGCUCUGUUUACAUCCUUUCUAGCUCUCCUUUUGUAAAAUAAACAUUUGUAAACUUC